UGGUGGAAAAAUAAUCACAAUCCGUCAUAACAAACUUAGAACGUCAUAUAAACGCGACGGGCUGUAAAAAUUGCAAUCUAUCUUCACUGUUUUUGAUUCGAAUUCUUUCAACAAAUUUCAGCUAAUUUUCGGAAACAUUCUUUUUCACGCUGUGCAAAAUCGAUGUGAAUAAAAUACAACAUGAAAAGUUUGUCUUGGAAGAGUUCACCAAUCGAAUAAACGUGCCAAUCCAUAGUUCCAGUUUUAUUUGCGUAGCAAAUAGUCAUCCAUGUGACAUAAUGCAUCGAAAUCUACGCCCAGCCUACUGUUUUUAGUCAAUUAAUCAAAACAAAAUCGAAGCACAACGAUUUAGUUCCUAUUAUUUUCCUUGACCUUCCGAUCGUCAAGCAACUAGAGCUUCUCCAAGAAGUUCGCUCGCCAUGUCCAAUCUUUACCUACUUCCCAUCUCAGUUUUCCUGCUGUUCAACUUUACCUUCAUCGGAACUUACAUCGCUGCAGUUCUGCAGGGCCAUGUGGUACCGACGGUGCCGUACAUAAGCGAUGCCGCCACAUACUCGCCGGAGAGUUGCGUCUUUGGGCAGCUGAUUAGCGUGGGAUGUGUUCUGUUGGGAAUCACUAUUUACGUGCGCUACCGACAAGUUCAGGAACUUGGCCUACGACACACGGAUAUUCAACGAGCGGUUGAGCGUAUAAACGCACCGGCUUUCUGGGUCGGAAUGGGGUCCUGUCUGGGAGUGAGUAUCGUAGGAAACUUCCAGGAAACUAAUGUCAGACCGGCGCAUUAUGUUGGAGCGUUUCUGGCGUUCGGUAUGGGAACCAUUUAUUAUUGGAUGCAGGCAUACAUUUCCUACUAUUUACAACCUUACAUUGGUUCGUUGAUGAAAGCCCACAUUCGACUGGCAAUUUCGGUGAUUUGCACCGUAUUUUUCAUUGUUGUAGCCGUGACGGGCAUCAUAUCGCAUAUCCUGUUCAAUGGAACUGAUCCGCGCAAAUGGUACCCCUCGGAUGGAGGCUGGGAAUAUCACGUGGCAAGUUCAAUCUCCGAGUGGAUUGUAGCGACGGCCUUUUGCUUUUACAUUCUCACGUUCACCGACGAAUUUCGCGUCAUGCAGCUGGACCAUCCACCGUUGAUUUUCAUCCAAGUGGAUGAAACGCUCAAUUACGAACCGGUGAUCGAGGAGCCAGUAGACUCCGUUUCGUGAUCUGAUUCGACCCACGCCGAAUUGCCAUCUUCAAAUAAUCGAGUCACACCUUCUUUACUGCAUAAAUCGUCUAAGCUCAUUCACGAAUCACAACAAUCCAUCGCUGGUGCCGCUCCCAAGCGUCGAUCACUAAGUCUGAACGAUCUUCACCUGUUACAGCUGGACGGGGGGAAAGAUGUCCGCCGUUGCUGUCGCUACUGUCCUCCGAAUGCCUUCCAAACUCAUCCGAACGUGGAGCGAAUCUGCGACGGAUACAACUGCAUCAUCAACAUUAGAGCCUCCUUCAGCAGCCAAAUGUUGUCCGAGAGUGGCGGUCUGCUCGACAUGCCGCCACCCAGUCUCACCGAUUCCGGGCUGGACUGUUGUUCUUCCGAGCUGGAGCUGUUUGAGGCGGUCCGCGAUAAGCUGGACCCGCGGAAGAUUGCCUCUCUCUCGCUAUCGCUUAUGUUGAUCGCUAUCCUGGAGGCGUUGCACACGCUUACGGUGUAUUUUAGUGACAACUUCAAGCAUAGCUAUCUGUAGUCAACCCCUCUCGUUAUGAUCUAUCAACAGUGAUAUGUUUUUUUUUUCAUCGUUAUAAGCAUUAUAAUCAUAAGUUAGCGUGGUAUUUGUAGAUACCAAUUGAUACCAAUAAAUACAAUUUAGAGUGUACAAAG